CGCCCGAAUGAACGCGCCGCUGCUCAUUCCCACUUAUAAUCAGUCUAAACACGUAUGUGCAUGUUAUUUAUGUGUUAUUUCCAUGUUAUUCCGCUGUUUUUACGCUCGUGGUGGUAGUUUUUCGGCGGUGUUUCUGCUCCGGUCUGGCCCGGGGCAGGUCGCUGUCUCUGGGCUAAAGGCUAAAGCAGCUCAGCCUCUAAUCCCCGGAUGAAACCAACAUGGCCGCCUCUCGCUGAGCUGUCAAGCGCUCUACAAAAGAAAAGAUUCCCUCACCGACCCAUGGAUACAGUCGACGUUUGUGCUGCCACCUCCACGGCAGAUAACGCCAAACGCCGCGGCCACAACAAGAACAGAGAUUGGCUGAAACGUCUCCACCUCAGGAAGGCCGCGCUCCAAGCCCCCGCUAUGCAAACCCCUGAUAAGCCCGGACCAAAGAAGAUAGUAGCCGCAGAGAAGCACGCCGGCGCAGUAUGGCCUUCUUCAAAGAAACUACGCAGCCAGGAAACGCCGCAGAGGAUGAUUAGCAGUGGAAAUACGCUCAGGUUUAAAUGCUCGCAAUGCACGGACAAUAUCGAACGCGGCCCCAAAGAACUGUCGGUGCAUUUCGAGGAAAAGCACAAAGGCUGCCCUCCCGUGUUUUCGUGUCAUCUGUGUAAAUUCACCACGCACGAAUUUUCCUAUUUACAAGUUCACGUUUUGAGCCACAAAGACACGUUUUCCUGCUGCAGUUUGUGUAACGACAAUGUACAACGCACGUGGCCGGAGUUCAGCGCACACUUGACUUUAGUGCACACGCAAAACGGGAAAUACUGCUGCGACGUUUGUAAGAAGUUCUCGACGUUGAACGAUAAGGAGUUUUUAGAACACGUGCUGCUUCAUAAUCUCGGUCUGGACAGGAAAAAUGACCAGACGAUAAGCAAAACGUCGUAUCAUUGUCAAUUUUGUGGCUACGAAGCGUCGCAAAAAGUCAUCCUCACCAAGCACAUGAAGACUGUACACGACGGCGUGAAUUGUAGCCAGAAAAAUAAAGAUGUUUUUCCGAUGAACGAGACAAAAAGGAAGCCCAGGAUGACCAGAAGUGCGGUUAAAGACAUAAGCUGGUUGACGCAAGACUGCCUCUCGCUUCCAGGACGCGAGUUUUUGGAUAAGUACUGUCACUUGUCGGACGCGCAAACAACGCUGGAAGAGACGCAGCAGUUUUUAUUGAAAUCUGGAAAGCAAAAAUGGAGCAAAGCGUUGAAAAACGUGCUUUCGAACGUCCCGCAAGAGGUGAACCUUCAGUCGAAAUUGGAAAAGGAGAUCGCGUCGGUGUUUCCGGACAGCAGCCAAGACGUUCUGACGGUGAAAAACAAAAUGAAUCAAAACGGCGCUAGUUUUGCCAAAAGAUUAAAACUGAUGACGGAAAAGGAAGCCGGGAAUGCCAACGCGGACCUGUGCGGGAAAAUUGUCAGCGACGUCAGCUUGAGUGAUUGUUUACAAAAUCAAGAAGCUAAGCUAAGCGGUGACGUGGCAGUCGCCGAGUCGACAGAAACCGCUCAAACGGAAGAAAACCGAGAGAAUCAGAGACUAAAAACGGACUUGAGCGAACGCGACGGCGAAGAGGCGAUCCAGGAUGGCGCUAUUCUGAAUGAACUGAAAGCCGAGGAGAGAAAAGCGGUCCGUAAAGCGCUACCAAAAAAGAAACGGAAAAAUAUGCGUUGGAGAAAUGCGAAAAAGUCUAAAAAUGUGGACAAACUCAAAACGGCGCUGGCCUUGAAAAUAAUUUUAAAGAAGAAUCCCAAAAAAGGAAAGCAAUGGGUGACGCAAGCUGCAUUACCACGAGCGAACUGUAAUUCCACCGUAAAUGACUUCACAACUUGUAUUAAAAAAAGCGUAUGCAAACGAGAGGGGACGAUAAAAGACAAGCACGAGACCGGACACUGCGGGAUCGUGAAUACGGUGGAGAAACAAAAAGACAAGACCCAAAAUGGCGGAGAAUCGGCGGGAGAAGCGGUGAGAUUGGUGAACGGGACGAAGGAAAAGAGCCACGAGAAAAGUCGUCACGAUGGUUUCACGAAGGCGUCUCCUCUGCUGGAGUCUGUCAUUACUCCUCAAAGUGAAACAUCUCGACCAGCUCUGUCCCCUCCACCCACAGACCCCACCCUGUCCGAGUCGCCCCUCACCUCCUGCCCGGACCCUUCCCCCUCUCCGUCUCCCGUGCCCUCCUGGACCCCCAUCCCCAAAAACACGGAGCGGACCCUGCAUCUCAUCGCCAUCAACCCCAACCAGCUCGUGAAGCGCCCGGCGGGAGAGCAGCCCGUCGUGGUGCUAAAUCAUCCAGACGUCGAUAUUCCGGAAAUCCACAAAAUCAUGGAAGUCGUGAACAGAUACAAAGGAGAAGUCCACAAAGUCGUGCUGUCGAAAAGGACAAUAAACGCGCUUUCGGAGAUGAACGGCGACGUCGUCAACUCGCAGAGGGACAGUACCGCGCAGAAAAACCACGUUCGCGAGAGGUUUUUGCUGAAAUUAAAACUACGAAGGCUGAGCAAGAAGAAGUUUGAAGUGGUGGAUGACGAAGAGUCUCUGGAAGGAGAGAAACCGUUUCGCUGUUGGUUUUGCGGCAGAGCGUUCGGAAGUCGAGAAGCGUGGGUCGUUCACAGACAGCGCCACCUGAUGGAGUGGAAGAGUCCAAAAUGUGAAAACUCUUAAAGGGACAGUACUGUGUUCGGUCAAAUUAAGUCUAAAACAUGUGGUGUGUAAUGUAUUUUCAAGCGUAAACGAUUGUUAAUUUUGGUGAAGUAGACGGUUGCAAUUCUUCCUUAAUUUCUUUUUUUGUGGACUUAUUUAUGUGAUAGAUUUUAAUUGUUUUUUUACUUAAAAGAAUCAAAAAAUUACUCAAAUAUUUCCUCAUAAUUUUCUUGAAGUUUACAAUUUCUUUUACCUUCAUUUUAAGUUUUCUUUACCUUUUACUGAUGCACUGUGUAACUUUUUGGUCACGGGUCCGUCGCCUGCUUGUUUCUACGGCGAUGUCAUUGCUCUGUUCUGUCUGGAAUGUUCCGCAGUAUGACUUUAAACAGCCUCUACUUUAAAUAUAUUCAAUUACAGGUGGUUUUAGAGCUCAAAAAUACCUAGAAAAACAUGCAGUCUGACUCUGAGACGGGGCUGUCUUUCCGCAGAUCUGACCUGUAACUUGGCCUAGUUUUGUUUCCAUGAUAGAAAGGUUUAAUGCCAUAGUGUGAAACAUUCCAGACAAAGCAAUAACGGCUCCAUGGAGGAAAGCACUCCACCAGAAAAGUUACACAAUGCACCUUCCAAAAUAAACAAAUUGUAAAAACGUGGCUAUAAAAAAAAACAGCUGGGUUGAAAUCCACAUUUACAACGCACAAUAGGCUCUAUUCACGGUUACCGGAAGACGUUUGGAAACAUCCGGAUGACGACUUCCGGUGUAGUUAACGACACUGGGCACGUGAAAAACAAAUAAAACCGUGGAUUCAGCAGCGGCGUCUUCACAACCUGACAAAGUUUUCCACGGGGGACUUGACUCUAAUCGCGUCAAUAUCACAGACCGAACUCAACGAACGCUACAAAUACAUCUUUAUUAAGUUAAACAAAUUAUAAUACACACAUUAAUAGGCAAUUUAUAAAAGGGAAUAAAAGAAUACAGUGACGUAGAUGAAGAAAACCGGUCCAUUUUCUCAGUUUUUGUCUUCAGAUUGUGUUACGAUCGCCAACAUAGCCCAAAAGAAGUCGUCAUCGGCAUGUUUCCAAGCAAAUAGAGCCCAUAACCACAAUUGAAAUCUAUUUAAAAUUCUGUAUUUCAGUUCAGGUCUUUGCUCCCGUCUGCUUUUCCAAACUGGAACGCAUUACACACCCACAUGUGUCUUAUAGAGGUGGGCGAUGUGACGAUAUAAAAGCUGUCGUUUUCUUUUCAACACAGAUCUUUCAGGGCAAUAUAAAACUUAAAGUAUGUGAAAGAAUUGUUAUAAAAUAGCUAUUAAUCUGGAUUUACUUUUUUUUUUUCCUGCAUUGCCCACCUCUAGACUUAAAGGUACACUGUAACUUUUCUUUUGGGCAAUUACGCCACCGGUGAUUUCCUUGCUUUGCCCGGAAUGUUCCAAAGUAUAGCGUUAAACUUAUAUACCGUAUUUUUCGGACUAUAAGGCGCACCGGAUUUUAAAACGCAGUAUCAGUAAUGUUGAAUUCUCUCGUCUGUUUUCAUACAUAAAGCACACAGGAUUAUAAGGCGCAUGAAGCGAAACGAGACGUCACAUUUUUCACCUUCAGUGUCCGAGUUUAACAGUUUGGCGAUUCCGGCGUUAAGGGUGUCCGAAUCUCUCUUGUGAUUAUCAUCUCAGGUCAGUCUAGUUGCUGUUUUUUAGCUGUUCAGUGAUGACUCUGGUCUUGGUAAAAGCUCGGACGACACUUGACACUGAUCCCUUAGCUCAGGCGUCCACGAUCCAUCGGCAGAUCGUGGUGUAACUCGCCCGGUGUUGCCUCUCUGUGUUGGCGAAUGUGUAUUACUUCGCGAGGCCGUAAUCCUCCAGCAAUCCAUCAAACAGUGCGGCUUCGUUGCUUACCAAAGUCCAACUAAAACAUUCAGAUUUUGCGCGCUUUGUACGACAUAAAAUCAGUUUGAGGUCAGUAAGCACAACUAGAAUUAUUAAGGCGCACUGUCAAUUUUUGAGAAAAUUAAAGGGUUUUAAGGCUACGUUCAGACUGCAGGGCUUAAUGCUCGAUUAAAAUUUUUGUGUGAAAUCAGAUUUUUUUGGCAAGGCUGUUCACAUUUCCAAUUGAAUGUGACUUUUGUGUGAUCUUCAGUGUGAACUUUAAACGCCCCAAAAGUGUCCUGCAUGAGCAUUGGAGGACACGACGACGUCACACACAGAGAGCGUGAUCAGUGUUUACGGAAGUCGCCUAAACGCUGGGUUUGUCUCCCAAAACACGAUCCAGUUCUUUGUAAAAUGGACAGGUUACACAUCCACAACUGCUUUGUUUGUUUGAGUCUUUAGCCUCCUUGUAUUUGGCUCGUAGGCUCUUUUUAUUUCGUUGACAUUGGAGCCAGGAUCGUCUGUAGCCGCACUCUGACAUUUCUUUGGCAGUCGUUUCAAAAACCGCCUGGUUCCGAUAAGACUCCUCCAGUUUGGCUUGAAUACAGCGAUUCCCCCCAAAUAAUAAUUAACUCGCUAACCUCACUUUCCCUCCAUUGACGAGACUCCGAGCCUGACGUUUAGGUGGGAUGAAUGCGACCUGACUGUUCAGACUAAAGUCGCUGUGAAAAGAUCGGAUAUGUAUCGGUUUUAGGAGCACAUAUCCAAGUGUCCUGGGUCACAUUUGAAGAAAAACUGAUCCGUGUCAUUCAGACUGUCAUUAAAAGAUCAGAUACAGGUCGCAUACGGGUGAAAAAAAUCAGAUUUGGGUCACUUCCGGCUGCAGUCUGAACGUAGCUUAACGUAGCGCCUUAUAGUCCGAAAAACACCGUAUCUUUCAUUUAUUGAAUUACGAAGCUCAAAAACAACUCUGGAAAAACCUGCGCGCUUAGAUAAAUUUACGUCAUAUUGCGGAACAUUCCGGGCAAACUUCCGCAAUUACAUCUCCGUGAAGAUCUUCGAAGAGAAAAGUUACAUCGCUACCUUCAAUGUCACAACACUGGGAAAUAUCUGGAAGCGGACUUUUGCAAUACAACUCAAUGGAGAGACUUUUUUUUUUUUGUUUUGUUUUGUUUGUUGUUAUUUUUGAAAAGUCUUAAAUCAAACUUACCUGGACUGUUUCCAUUCUCAGGACCCUAAGCUCCCUAUGUCAACAAUCUGGGAUAGUUUGAUCAUUUAAUAUAAUUAUUUGUAAAGCCACACGCAACUGGUGGAAUGAAUUUAGUCGUUUGUAUUUUUGACUACAUAUUCUAUAGCUUUAUUUAAUUGGGCGUACACUGUUGUAAUGGUAUUUUAUAAGACACUGUUAAAUGUACAGAAUUUUUGCCAUAUGAAUCGGAGGAGGCAGUACGGGUAGACUACGCAGUGAGCUGUCGUAACGUAUUUAUACUUGUGCGGGUGCCCAGAAGUUACUUAACCAAAACUGUGUAAGAUAGACAAUAAGCUGUUUUUAUUUAUGAGUUUAGCCGUUGUUUUCCUCAUUAUCGCAGAUCAUGUUAAAAUAUAUCCCGCUUUCGUUAUUCCGUUAUUUAUACCGUCGUGUUUCUUCUUGUACUGCGGGAUUUUUUUUGGACGUAGGCGUGGAAGCUGGAAGUGGACAUAUUGUGCAAAAUCGGCAUGUUUUAUCCAUUUUCUGAUCGUUUUUCACGUUUCUUCAUCCGCUCAAAGUUGUAUUUGUUAGUAUUUACUAGGGAUGUAACAAUAACCGUAAUAUCGUGAUAUCGGAUUGUCAGAGGUCUCACAAUUAGGGAUGGGCAUUCGAUAAAAUUUUCUUAAUCGAUCGUCGGAAGAAUUAACGGUCGAUUAUCGAUUAAUCAUGAAUGUUUUUAUAUUAAAAUGAUCAUCAUUAUUAUUACUAUCUGCACUACUAAUCUGCAUAAAUAAAUUCAACUUUACGACAUAUAAACCGUAACGACUCUAGAGCCACAUCAGCCCGUUUGACAUUAUAAUGUGUUUAAU